GGUAUACAACCAUUCUCCUUAUCACCACUGGUCUUCCACCAAAUAAAAAUAGCAGAAUGGUAAAUUAAAGUGAUUAAUAAGCCAAAGGUGAGAGAAUCUAAUAUCAUUCUUGAGAGAGGGAGAGAGAUGGAAGGGGAACACAAGGGAGUUGUGUGUGUAACAGGUGGAACAGGAUAUGUAGCGUCAUGGCUGAUCAUGAAGCUCCUUCAGCUUGGUUAUAGAGUUCGGACUACUGUUAGAUCUUACACAGACGGCAACAAAGACCUAAGCUACCUCACAAACUUGCCAUACGCAUCAGAAAAGCUCCAAAUUUUCGAUGCAGAUCUAGCCCAACCAGAGAGUUUCAAUCUAGUAAUACAAGGCUGCACUGGAGUCUUCCAUGUGGCUCACCCCAUUGAUUUCGAGGACAAAGAGCCAGAGCAAGUCAAAACCCAGAGAUCAAUCAAUGGAACCCUUGGCAUACUAAAGGCGUGCCUUGAUUCCAAGACGGUGAAAAGAGUGGUAUACACUUCCAGUGCAUCCACUGUUGUGUUCAAUGAGAAAGGGGAGGAUUUCCUUGAUGAGAGUUAUUGGAGUGAUGUGGAUUAUAUCAGGUCAUUGAAGCUCUUUGGAGCUUCCUAUAUGAUUUCCAAGACUUUGACUGAAAAGGCUGCCCUGGAAUUUGCUGAGAAACAUGGGUUGGAUCUUGUCACUGUGGUUCCUACCUUCAUUAACGGGCCCUUUAUUUGUCCCCGGUUGCCUGGCUCGGUAUACACUUCGAUGGCUAUGAUUUUCGGUGACAAAGAUCAGUAUCAGCAUCUUACUAAAGUUCAGAUGGUGCACGUAGACGAUGUGGCCAGGGCACACAUCUUCCUUCUUGAAUAUCCUGAGGCAAAAGGGAGGUAUAUCUGUACAUCAGUUGUAAUGACAAUGGAUGAGAUGUCUGAAUUUCUAUUAGCUAGAUACCCAGAAUACCCCAUUCCAACGCCUGAUUCACUGAAAGAAAUCAAAAGAGUCACAUAUUCUGGCCUCUCAUCGAAGAAGCUCCUUGAAACCGGAUUCAAGUAUAGCUAUGGCAUGGAAGAUAUCUACGAUGAAGCAAUUAAAUGCUGCAAAGAGAAGGGCUUUCUUUAAACAUGAUGUAUGGUUUGCAAUGCCAUAAACUGCAAAAGCUUCUCUGCCUCUGUCGUGUCCUUAAUUUUUUUCGCUUUUGGAGGAUUCUGUUUUCGAGGAGUUCUUCUGGAAAUGUAUGGUUUGCAAUGCCAUAAACUGCAAAGGCUUCUCUGCCUCUGUCGCGUUCUUAAUUUUUUUUGCUUUUGGAGGAUUCUGUUUUCGAGGAGUUCUGGAAAUCCAAUGAAUAACAUUCUCUCAA